AUGAGCCUCUCGCGUGCUUUGCCCCUUUGCAGGGGAACGGGCACCUUAUUCAGAGCAUAUCCUUCAGCUUUGCGCCUCGCACAGCACUACCCUCUAUCUGGCCGCACAUUCUCGACUUCUGCGCAACGAGAUGCUACAUGGGGAUUCAUCGGACUGGGCCAAAUGGGCUACAACAUGGCUAAGAACCUGCGCGCUAAGAUCCCUGUGACGGAUACCUUGAUUAUACGCGACGUGAAUGAAGAGAAUAUGUCUAGGUUUGUGAAGGAAGCGCAAGAAAUUGCUAGAAGCAGCGGCGCUGCUGACAGCGUUUCGGAGGUUCUGGUGGCUCAGACCGCGAGAGAACUUGCGGAAAAGUCGUCCGUCAUUAUCACCAGCCUCCCAGGGCCGCAGCAUGUCAAGGAUGUCUAUCACUCUGUCCUUCGAGAAGGAGAACUUCCCGCGCUAGAAGAAGAGCGACUGUUCAUCGAUACGUCAACAAUUGAUCCUGCGUCAUCGAGAGAAAUCGCGAACGCAAUACAAACCACAUCCCAAGGUCGCUUUGUUGAUGCCCCUGUGUCGGGCGGCGUGGUGGGUGCGCGCGCUGGCACAUUAAGUUUCAUGUUCGGUGCAUCUUCGCAGACUGGUCAAUUCCUUGAUCGUGUGCGAUCAGUACUACUUAUGAUGGGAAAGAAGGCGUGGCACAUGGGCGCCCCGGGAGCCGGCGUUUCAGGCAAACUGGCGAACAAUUACAUCCUGGCGAUCAACAACAUUGCGACCGCGGAAGCAAUGAACCUCGGCAUGCGUUGGGGACUGGAUCCAAAAGCUUUGGCGGAACUCGUCAAUUCGUCAACCGGCCGAUGUUGGCCUAUGGAAGUCAACAACCCUGUACCUGGCGUGGUCGAGACGGCACCGGCAUCUCGUGGUUACGAGGGCGGCUUCGGUGUGAGUCUGAUGAACAAGGACCUUCGAUUGGCGAUUACUGCUGCGGAGGAGUCGCAAACACCAUUGGCGCUGGCGGACACUGCUCAGAAGGUGUAUAAUGCCGUUGAGGAGGAACACCGAGGGAAGGACUUUUCCGUGGUGUACAAAUGGCUGAAGGAGCACUCGCAAUGA